AUGAAGCAGAGUGUGGCACACAAGAUCGCCGAGAUCUUCACCGAGGAUUUUCCAAUCCCGAACUUCUACUUUAUUAAGAUAAAAAAUGUCGCCGUCCACUCGGUCACAAACGCCUAUCUGAUCGCCAUGGACUUGCACAUCGACCAGCGAGAGCUGAGCAAACUCUUGCGGCAGGGCAUCCAGAACAUGUCGUUUAACUGA